UUGUUCUCUAGUAACCCCUCCCAGACCCAGCCCGCUAUGGCCGACGACAUCGACUUCACCACUGGAGAUGCGGGUGCUUCUUCCACCUACCCCAUGCAGUGCUCUGCGCUGCGCAAGAAUGGCUUUGUCGUGCUCAAGGGACGUCCUUGCAAAAUUGUGGAGAUGUCGACCUCUAAGACUGGAAAGCAUGGUCAUGCCAAGGUCCACUUGGUUGGCAUUGAUAUCUUUACUGGCAAAAAAUAUGAAGAUAUCUGCCCAUCUACCCAUAACAUGGAUGUUCCAAAUAUCAAAAGAAAUGACUAUCAACUUAUCUGUAUUCAGGAUGGCUACCUCUCUCUGCUGACAGAAAGCGGUGAUGUUCGUGAGGAUCUGAAGCUGCCAGAAGGUGACCUAGGCAAAGAAAUAGAAGGGAAAUACAAUGCAGGUGAAGAUGUACAGGUGUCAGUCUUGUGUGCAAUGAGUGAAGAAUAUGCUGUAGCCAUUAAGCCCUGCAAAUAAAUGGGAACUCCAGGCUCGAGCAAUUGCUCAGGUCCAGACAAACCACAGAUCUUAAAUUUGGUUCUGAUUGUCACCAAAGCUAUGGCCUUCACAAGCAACCUCAUUUAUUUUUCAAUUGUUUUUCAAAAUAGUGCUGGAUUCUGGAUGAGUGUUGCAGGCUGACUGGCAAUUUUCAUAAUCACUGAAGUUUUAAUUUGUAGCUCUUCUAACAUGCCUGUAGACUUCAGUUCAUGGGUCCAAGAAACUGAUGAGGUUUCAUUCAUUGGCAGGUAUUUUAUUUGCUUGAGCAAAACAUAUUUUGUCUGUUUACACAGACAAUGUACAGUGUUCAGGGGGUUUUAGAUGAAGUAGUAGAAGGUAUCUAGGAUUAUAAAUGAACCUAGAACAUAAAUAGUAUUUAGCUUUUUGACAUAACAUUUAGUUAGAACUGACAUAAUAUAGAAUUGUUUUAACUUGGACAUUAAUGUCCUGUGAAUUGGGAUUCCCACUGACCUGUGGGAGCCAGUCACAUUUCUUAGACCAUGAAACUCAAGUGAUUAAAAAAAAUGCCAAUUAGCUUGACAAAGUCCUGGUGGCCAUGUGCAACUAACUGUAUUACCUCUUGUUAUACUCUCCUUUAGCCAAUCUGUUGGCUUACUUUAAUGUAACUUUAUAAAAAUGGUGUCAAAACCUGCCUUUGGUGUAGGCAGGCAGACAAUGUUGGUUGGAUGUUACAUUGCCAGAUUAAGGGUGCACAAAUAGGUGGGAUUAGAUGGUAAAGUGACAACUUUCACUUGAGGCCUUUGUCAGACUUUAAAAAUAAUAAAAAUAGAAAAAUGCAAUUCAGUUGCUCUUAUUGUAUUUAUAUUAAAAGGAGUGACUAACUCCACAGGAAUCUCUUGCAGUGCUUCCAGUAUUAAGUGUAAAUGUUCAGGGUUCUAACUACUUUGAUUUUUGUAGCACAAGGAGUAUAGGUUUUUGACCACUUUUGAAAAUUAAAAUUGUAGCAUUGGAACUUAAAUGUGCAUCCUUUUCUUGUAUAAAGGAUGCUUAACUAUUAAACUCUUCUGCAGUUGAAAAGUAAAAUAGGCACAGCAGACACACACAACACAAUCAUGGCUCAAAUAUGGGAGUAGUAAUAAGUUGCUACAUCUAACCAAUAAACAUGGCAGAAGUUAGAUAGCAGUUGCUCGUAGCACACUGCAACUGUUCCUGACUCAUUUCAAAACAGGUUUAGGCAUGACCUCUAACUUUUAAUGGCAAACAUGAAAUGCUCUGCAAAACUGAUAAUUGUCACUAACUUAGCAUCUUGUUUUGUGUGGUGCUUCUUACAUUCGAAUUUAAUUCAUCUGCUAGAAGUUCAAAUUUUUCAUAUCUUCCAAGUUACAUUUCCUUCGAAUGAGGUUUAGCAUAACUAAAUCUCUUUAAUGGACUUACAAUUGAAGCUUAAAGAAAUUUUGGAGCUGAGAUGUUGAUUCAAGAAGCUUAACCAAGCCAACCCUUAAAUAUUUAACAUUGUCAAUGCUACAUGUCAGAGUAUGCAGUUAAAUAUCUUAUCAGAUUAAGUUCUCAAGCACUAUUUUUCUUGUCUGUACAAACAGAUUAAAAAUCUGUCCUACCACUUAAUAGCCCUUCGAAGUGCAAAGCAAGUUUAUAAACUAAUUUGGGCCUAUUUAAAUAUUUGGAAUGCUGCCCUUGAAAUAUACACAAUUCAUAUUCUCUAGCUUCUAUUGGUUGCAGGAGCCAUGACUUCAUGGUACUAGACACUGUCCUAAAAUAAUAACUUAGUUGCUCUGCUCCAACACCUCUGCCAUGGGGUGGAGAAUUCCUACUGCUGUCCUUGAAGCUGAACUUUUAUUUAAAACCAAAAAACUUGUCAUAGUAGGGACAGUGAACGUGAGUGAUUAAAAAGUAAGAUAUGGUGCAGGUAUGAAUUUGCCAUACCCUGAUAGAGGGGACAAGUGUCAUACAACUCAAGCUAGUAAUAAAUAGCUACCUUCAAAGCACAGUACACUAUAACUAGCUGUACAACAGGCAAAUAUCACCACAUUUCUGCCUCACAUGUAGGGCAGUGUGAUUGAACUUCUUAGGUGGCACCUUUUUUUGCAUGCAACAAUAAACUUGAUCCUCAAAACAAGUCUCUGGAUGCUAUUACGGGCUGGUACCUGUGUAAAUUUGUAGUGCUUUAAAAGCUGAAUCUAAUCCUCACUAUUGUUGUCCACUACCAUGAAGUGAGGGGAAGGAGGGGGGGGAGGGGGGAAUGGCAAGUACUUGUUAGGUUUCCAAAUCACAUAGUAUGGAUCAACAAUAAUCAAUCCCCUUCAUCUGGUCUUAUGGGUAAGAUGAGGUUCCUGCAACCAGUUAGGAAAUCUGUCACUGACACAACCAAGCUAAUGAAAGUUCUGGCUGCUAUCUCAAAAUAGCCUAGACAGAGAUUUCUUAGGGCUAAAAGGCAGGUUUCUAACCAUAGCCUACAUUUUGCAGAAUUGCAGGCAUUGAGAUGACACUACAUCUCUCGAGUUUGUUGUGUUGAUUGGGUACUAGUCUUUCACAUGACUAUCUAUAACUUAACCACCUUCGUAAAGAGCUUUGAGAGCUAUGAAAGUGUAAUUAUUAGGCUGCCAUACACAUGAAAUUGCCUAGAGAAAAUUAAUAGUAUCUCAUACUUAAUCAGUUAAGUUACAGUAUUAGAGCCAUUUCUUUAUUAGCAAGCUAUUUCAACUUACUGUCAAUAGUUAUAUUUACAAUGAACUUUAAAUUUUCUACUAGAAACCGUUCAAAUUGUUGCAUCUUCCAGAAAAAUCUCAAACUCAAUGACAGUGAGUUUCUUACUCUCAAAGCUGCUACUUAGAACAAACUGCAAACUCUUAGCAGCUGCUGCAAUUCCCCCAAGUUAAAAGGCUGAGAACUAGGAGGGUGUAGAAAAUAUUUCCAUGCCUACUGUUACACUUUUAUGGUAUCAGUCUUUAUAGGGUUUCUGUCUUCAGUUCUUUAAAUGUACUGUAGGCUGGUUUUGCCUCAACUGUUAGUAAAUAUUUAACAACUUAAAUGGACCCUUCUUAAUUUUUUGCUUGAUAUGGUGGCUUUUUAACUAGACUAUUGCCAGUUGAGCCAUGAUUUGAAUGCAUUGUUCUCAGGGCUGAAGUUCAUUAUUUUACCAGUAACUGCUUGCAAGUGUCUUACAAGGUUUUUCAGAUCCACAAUAGCUUUUAGCUUGCUCAAGAUGGUGCAGUCUAUAAUCUCAUACUCUAUUCUACAUAAGCUGUAGGGAAUCACAUUUGGGAAUAUGUCAAAUUACUAUAGUUAGUAAGCUUACUGAAGUCAAGCAUGUUAAAUAUUAAAUGGACUUCAAAAUUCAAUAACACUUUUGAAUAAUUGGAAUGUAGCUUUUUAGAAGAAUUCAGGUUUGGUAAAGAAGACUCAGUAUGUCUUUACUCUUAUGGCUGUCGGGUAUCAAAGUGAGAAUUUUAUGUAUCAAGACAAUUUUAAUGAAGGUAUAUAUCUUAAAAUAUAUUAUGCUGAACAUAUGGUGGAAUUUUAAUUUUGCACAGUACAUUUAGAGCUUCUUGAGUCUUAUUUUAACAUCUGUAGUCUAUCCCUAAAGUAUUUAGCUUUUGAGGGAGAUUCUUUAUUGUGGUAAAUAACCAGUGUAAACUUAGAACACUCUUGUUUGGUUUGAAUGCUUGCUUCAUAUUACUGUAAAAUAAAUGAUACCCCAUUAUUCUCAUAUUCUUCUAUAUUGUAUUAUAAACAUCAAGUACUAGUCAUUGUAUUUUUUUAAAAAGGGAGAGUGAAGUGGAGAGAUGUUUUGAUUACUGUAUGUAUGCAAUGCCAUCUUACUAAUAGCAAAAAACCCUGUAAAUUAUUUUAUCUGCUCUUCAGGGAUGAGCAAAUGGAUCUAUUGGUUAUCAGCUGGAAGGAUUUGAAUAUUUAUAUAUUGUAGAAUUUAUAUUUCCUUUUAAAGUCAUAAAACCAAUAACUUGAAAGGUAUAGCUGUACAUCCUUCAUUUCUGUAUUAGUGAAGUUCUCAGAGCUACUUGGAGAAAUUUGUUUUGGCUUGCAAAAGGUUGUUGAAAGAAGGCUUUUAACAUUUAGAUGACGAAACUGACUCAAUUGUUUUUAUGAAAUGUUUGUGCAUUUUGACUUAGUUACAGUAAAAGUGUAGUGGAAGCUAAACUUCAGGUCCAGUCUUGAAAUACUUUUUUUGAUUUGUAUUCACUACUGUUAGCAAUACAUAUGUUCAUUCCAUGUGGAAAACAUUUUUAUUUAAACUAGAAGGGCUUAUUACAAUUGUAUGGGGGGGGAGGGGAAGUGCUGACAUUCUUGUCAAAAGAAAUAAAAUCGAACUAACAUUUUAUAGUGACUGUUUCUUUACAUGUUAUGAAUGUAAAUUUCCCUAAGAAUAAAGAAAUACCAUAGUGA